AUGAAUUGCUACAUGCUGGCCAUUCUGACGCACACUGCAUGGCAAUUAUGCCAGGUACUGCAUUGCACUUCUCCCGUGCACAUACUGUUGUUCAGAUGCGCCAAUGCAUUCGCAUUCAUAUCGCUUUGCAAACCGACCCAGCUAUCAAACUGCAUUUAUCAAUUCAUAGGAUAUCAAUCCGGCCUGAUUAAUUCAUUAGUGCAAUAUAUCUGCUCAUCAACAGCGUGCUUGUAUCUAUCAUGCAAUAUCAAUUUCAGAAAUACGAAUGCAGCAAAAGACCAUUCUUCGCUGCAUAAACAUAUAUAUUCAGGAAUCGAGGCGACUUCAAUGAAGAUCGUCGGACUACUUGCAGUUUGCAUUGGCGCAAUCAGUGCAAUGACAAUCUCACACGUGAAAGUCAGAUGCGAAUUGAGCAAUAAGCCUUGGCUUGUGUUCAAGGAGGAGCGCAACAUACUUCCAUACAUGCUUACCUCUGAAAAUCUCCCAGCAACAAGAGAAUACCUUAGGGUAACUGGAAUCAUGAGGGCAUAUGUCUUCUCGUGGAACGGAGAGGGAACGGUGUCCCCAUUCGUUGUGGAGGCAGCAGCAGGCACAGUAACGCCAUUCAAUCCAGUCACCAACACUGCAGAUUACAUUCUGUGUGCUGGUGAAUGCCCGUGCCCAAUGCCAGGCACCCAGGGAAAUGCAGGGCAGAUCAUCAAUACCUCUCGGGAAAAGUACCUCGUCCGUGUUGAGUCUGCAAACAGAAGCAGUGUCAACCCAUGCUUUGAAGACAAGCUCCGCAGGUGCGAGGAGGACUCUUCGUGCAGCGAGGCAGAUGCCAAGUGCUAUGAAUUCGCGUCUGUAAAGAAGGAAAAGUGUGCGUUCUCCUCUGGGCACAGAAGGUUCCCGAAUAAGAAGUUUGAGAUCACUUCAAGCCUAAAGAAGUUUGUGUUCGACAUCAAGACGUUCCACAGGAAGGGAGAGACCAUCGUCAAGGUGACAUCAAACAGCAACAAGGAAAAGGUCGAGAGAUUUGUCAUCUCGAAGAACGGAGAAAUCAAGGGAACAGACAACAAGAAGUGCAAGAUUGAUCCUCUGCCAAGGUGCCUGAAGAACCCAAGGAAGCUGUACAGGCUCAAGAAGUGCAUCGAGAGGAUGCUUAACAAUACGGAGGUGUGCAUGUACAUCAACGACAAGUGCGAGAUAUUCAUAGUGGUUCCCAAUGGCAGAGCAUGUGUUGUUUACAAGGUCAUAGUCAAGGGAGAGGGAGAAGGAAGGAAGGAGAAGAUCCGCAUCAGCAAGCAGAUCAGGGGAGACAGGCUCCGUGAGCUGAUUAAGUGUGGGCUCUUUGGUGUUGAAUUUGGUUCAAUCGAUUGCAAUUGA